UGGCAAUACUAGCAAGUGCCUCAGGCGCGACUGCUUUCCGAGAGAGCACUCACACCACCUAAUCGGAAGUACGCAGUUGGCGCACACCACGCCAGCAUGGCGGAAAUGACCACGCAACACAACAUCCCAGAAAUGUUUCACACAAAAAUACUUAUAUUAGGUGCAAAAGCACAAGGAAUUGCAGUAGCAUCUCACUUUUUGGAACACAAUAUGGAGGACUUCAUUGUAAUUAAGUUAGGAGGCCAAACUCUUGAAUCCUCUUGUGCUUCAGGUUCAAAUGUAUGCAGACCUGAUGGAGACGACAAAUGCUUUCAGAAUGGGGAUGAAAGUUGCAACCCAGAAAAGAAUAGAACAAGCAUAUUAAACAGAAAUGCUAUUGUGAAGGAUCUAGGAUUAAUAUUCUUUAAUUCUUCUGGUCACAUAAUUGCUCAAGAAGAUGUGGCAGAAGCAGCUAACUUAGCAGCACAAAUGAAGGAGAAUGUUAUGUAUGAUAAAGGGAAUUUGUCAUCGCUGUUGGCAGAUUUACGUUUGGAACAAUUACAGAGAGGAGUGAAUGAAGAUACAUUCCUGGGGAGAGAUCCUGACACUGUCGAAUUACUGUUAGAAUGGAAACAGAAAACGGAAGAUUUAUUGUAUGGUUCUUCUUCCAAUACAUGUAAAUGUUAUUGCAGUGAUGAUGAGUCCAUCUACUUAAAGCACAAAGAAGAAAGUUAUCAAACAGUACUGAAUGUUUUAUCAGACAACACUUUUAAUGAGACUCAAACCUUUCUGUGGACUGGGAAACUUCACUUGCAUAACAGAGUGACGAAAAUUAAUUGGGAAUCUCAAAUAGAAGAUGGAGAUGGAAAAGUAGAAGUAGUGUGUGAUGAUGGCUCAGUGUACAUUGCUGAUUUACUUAUAAUUACUGUCCCAUUAGCCACGAUGAACUCCCAAGGAGAUUCCACUUUUGUUCCUGCACUGCCAUGCCAUACACCUGAUACUAUUAAUAGAAUGAUAUACAGUCCUUUAGAUAUAAUUUCUCUGAAGUUUGAUCAGCGAUGGUGGCCAGAGGAAUGUCAUGGGAUCGGUCUCUUGUGGAAAAGCCUUCCUAAUUGUGAAAGCAAAGUCAAUGAAAAUAAGAAUGAAGAAUGGCUUCAAGAAAUACGCUGUUUUUUUGAGGCACAAGAUAAUCCCAAUUGUCUUUGCUGCCUAAUAUCUGAGAAAUUGGCAGAGAAAAUACAACAACUGUCUGAUGAUGAAAUUCAUAGAAACAUUAUGAACUUGCUGAAUUUGUUUACAGGCAAAACUUUUGAUGUACCACACAAUGUUGCUGUCAAAAGGUCACCAUACACCACAAAACAGCUCCCGAUGGCUGGUACCAGAAGCUUCCUGCAUCCAGUGACAAACACGAAGGAAAAGGAGGUCUUACUUUUCUCUCACCAACUUGCCAAUUUAUGUGAUCAUUCUAUUAUAAAUACUGCCAUAGAAACAGGUUGGAAAAUAGCCGACUAUAUCCUUAAAUCACACAGAUCUGAAGACACUGAAAAUCAGCACCUGACACAAUUUCCUACAAAUGAGUCACACUUUCACAAAGUAGCUAUUGUUGGUGCAGGAAUUUCUGGUCUUGCAGCUGCAAAAAGUCUGAUUGAAGGUGGGAUUCAAGAUAUUGUGAUAUUGGAGGCACAAGAGUAUGCUGGUGGCAGAAUCUGUUCUGUGCCAGUUGGUGACAGUUACCUAGAAGCUGGAGCACAGUGGAUCCACGGGGAGAACAAUCCAAUAUAUGAGCUUGCUAAAAGUUUCAAUUUACUGUCUGAUGUUGUUUCUGCCGAAGGUUUAGGUCAGUACAUAAGGGAUGAUGGAGUUAUACUAGAUACAGAUGUGGUGUUUGAAGUUGAUCGAGUUGUGUCAGAGAUUCUCGAAGAAUGUGAAACCUUUGUGUCCAAGUCCGGGAAUGUACCAGUGUCAAUUGGACAUUAUUUGCAGCAAAAGUUCUCUGACUACCUGAAGAGAUGUCCAUCAGACACAGAUGAAAUACGGCGUAUGAAAGAGGAACUUUUUGACUGGCAUAUCAGGUUUCAGGUGAUUGACAAUAGCUGCUUGACUUUGGAUACAUUAUCAGCAAAAUUUUGGGGAAAAUUCAUCUUCUGUGGUGGAGAAGACUACUUAAACUUUAAACAAGGCUAUAGCUCAUUAAUCCAGUGUUUAACACAAAAACUACCAGAUGGAAUCUUGAAGUUGAAAAGACCAGUUGUAAAAGUAAAAUGGAAAGGAGAAACAAUAAAGACUUCACUGAUAUGUUCAAAAGGACAUGUCAGUAACAUGGGGAGUGAAGGUUCCCAGAGACUGUUACUGGUGAACAAUGACUCAGAAUUGCCAGAUGCAAAUGAAAUGAAAAAGGAAGAAAUUAAAAGACAUUUAAAUAAUCCACAUAAAUUGGAGGAGACAGAUGCAAACAAUUGUGAAGAUUAUGUGAAAAUCACUUGUGAAAAUGGGUGUGUUUAUUGGGCUGAACAUGUAAUAAUAACUAGUUCAUUGGGUUAUUUAAAGAGGAACUACAAAACAUUGUUUGAGCCAUCAUUACCAUCAAGAAAAAUACAGGCCAUAGAAGAAAUGGGCUUUGCUGCAAUUAACAAAAUUUUUCUGAUGUAUGAUGAACCUUGGUGGUCAGCUGAUACAAGAGGAUUCCAGCUGAUUUGGUCUAAAACAAAUGAAAUGAAGCCAUCAAAAGAACAGGAAUUCUCUUGGACCCGAGAUGUAACAGGAUUUGAUGUUGUUCUUACACAAAGAGCAGUUCUACUUGGAUGGGUAGGAGGUAAUGGUGCCAUACUUGUCGAAGAUUUACCAGAGAAAUUGGUGGGAGAACACUGCACACAACUGUUACAGAAGUUCACCAAAAGAAAUGAUAUUCCAUUGCCCCGAGCUGUUUACAGGACACGAUGGCAUAACAACAAAUAUAUUUGUGGUGGAUACAGCAAUACAACCAGUGCCUGUGAUAAGUCCUCUUCUGGGCCUGCUCUUUUGUCAGAACCUGUUUAUACUACUGCAGAAAACUGUCAUAAUUCAAAUGUGAAGCAUCCAGCUCUGCUAUUUGCUGGAGAAGCAACCCAUGAGUGUUACUUCUCUACUACACAUGGUGCUUUUGAAACAGGAAAAUGUCAAGCAGAAUUUCUACUGGAAUACCAUAGUAAAUCAAAGCUGUGAUGCCUUAAAUCAGAAAGUGCAAUAUUUAAGGUAACUUAUAUAUCGCAUAACUUGUUGCUGCACCAUUAGCAAAUCUACUUACUGAUACAGAAGACUGCAUGUACUACUUAGAAGAAUGAUAGUAUCAAUCACUUCUUAAAAGAAGUGACACAUGGAGAAUAUGUUAUACAGAAAAGAAACGCUAACUGCACCUUUACAAACAUGUUAGCUUUACUCAUACAAUGAAGGGAAUUCUCCAGUGCUGUAAAUGACAUUUGAGAGGAGUAUUGGCAUAUUCUAAAAAUAUAUAUGUUAGUUACGUAUUAUUCCCUGACAUGUCAGUGCUGGGAUUUUUUUUCCCCCCAGUUAUAGUGCAGAGACCUGUGGAAGCUAUUUUCUACUACAUGAUCAAAUAAAAAAGUUCUGACAAUGUUUCAUAGUUUUCGUUGUAGGUUGCGAUCAGAAAAGAAAGUACAAGAACAUUUAUUUACAAGUUUAUAUCCGUGUUCUUCCAAAAUAAAGUGUGAAAAGACAAAAUAACUGAGAUUAAAAUUUGUGAAAUGUAACACAACUGGUUGAAAGUGAAUUCUUCCAUUUUUUAAUUCACUCUGCAAUGGAGAACCAAAUUUUUGAUUCUGAAAAUCACAGUUUUUGAUAGCUCUAUCAUUCUGAAUGGUAACUAUAUAAAUCAACUUUGUUGAGUAAUAUCUUAAAGUAAUUUCAUAGGUUGCCACCUCUAUAGACAUAUUACAUUUUAAAAUUAUUUUGAAGCUACAGCUUCAGCUACAUAAAGGCAAGUGGUUGUUUAAGGCUACCAACUACCAUAGGAAUUGUGUAUGUUUCAGUGACCACAACAGUGCUGGUGGGGUCUGGCUGAUCAAUAAUUACUAUCAAGUAAAACUGUCAUUUCUUACAUUUUGAACAUUUAUCUAUGCAUUAAAAUAAGUUCUUACUCUUGGUAAACAGAAUAAUCUGAUCCCCAAGACAAUCUUUUCACAGGACAGAAAUAAAUGUAGGCAUUAUGGUGCCAUAUUUUGUACACAUUCCAUAUGGUUACUUCCAUUAAAUUUACAAGCAAGACUUUUUUUGUAAAAUUUUCUACGUAAAAGACAUUUGAAUUAUCACUGCAGCAACAACAUUAUUGUUUUUAAUCAUUGUACAAUUUUUUAGAAAUGUUACAUGGAUAGUGCCAUUGUAUAUUUUCACUGUGAAUGUAUUUUAUUGUAUGGGAUUGUUUCAUUCCAUAGUGAUUAUUGUUGUUAAAUGUUACUUUAUGUUUCCUUCAAAGUGCUCUUCUAGCAAUUCCAUAUAGGAUUGUUCCGUAUUGUACUUUCCGCUAAAAACCGAUGUAUGUUGAAUGGAAUUCAGGAAUGCUAAACAAAAAAAUAUGAAAAGUUAAUAUUUUAUGAAGGCUUGGCUCUGUCUUCCAUAAACUAGACUAGUUCAUCUUUAAGUGCCAUUGUUUUGUACAGAACUGAUAGACAGAUUAGGUUUUUGUGAUUUCAGAAGUUUGUGCCAUACUAUAUUUCCAGUAUUUUUAUACACAGAGUUUGUUGUCAUUGUGGUCAUGAGUUUAUGUAUUGAAUAAGAAUUAUUUAUUGGUCAAUGAGCCUUGUUAUUGUUGUUUUACCCAAGUGGUUGUUCUGCUUUUAGUAUAGAUUGUUUAAAGUAAUGUAACUAUGUUGUUCAUAGGGUUGUUGUGUUAUUGACAGUGUAGUCACUGUUCUGGAUUGAGCAAAACAAGAAGCUUUUGUGAUAAGAGUAACUGCCACACACAUGCAAUUACUGGAGUGUUAUAGAACUAUUGCAUGUAUCAUUUAUCAGGGUGGUUAGUUUGUUCAUACCAAAGAUGAAAUUUUGUACUGAAAGACUACAACUUUAAUUAUUGUUCCUUCAUAAAUUUUUAUAUUAUGACUUAGAAAAUAGUCUCUGUGUAACAUUAAACAUAACUGAUCAGUUUAUUUAAGCUUUUGCAGUCAUCAAAGAAAGUCUCAUUUGAUAUAUAGUUUUGAGAUUUUCAAGCAGACAUGCAUACUUCAGAUUGUGUAACAUUUUGUGGGUAUCAGUAACCAACUUUUUAUCAAAGUUGAACUACCAUAACCAUUGGCUUUCACAGCAUCUGUAUAUUAACAGAAUCAAACAGUUAACAUACAAACACUCUCUAGAUUUUGUGAAUUGUGGGCACACUUUUCAGUGAGUUGUUAGGACAUCUAAAAUACAUAUAUCAACUUUAAAAUCCGUAAAAUUAUCCCAUGGAUAAGUUUGUUGUGGAAACUGCAUACCAUCACAAAACUAGAUAUCUCACAUGUCAGACUGUUUUACUUCUGAUGCGAACAAGAACAAUGUAAUACAUUAUUUUCUAAUAAGUUUUUUGUCUUUAUGCUGUUAUAUGUGGAAAGAUGUCAUGUCACAUAUUCUAAUUAUAUUAAUACAAAAUUAAUUACAUGCAUAAAAUGAGUUAUUAAGCAUAGUAGAUAUUUACAAGUUUCUCAUAUUUAAUAACGGUAGUAUUACAGGGAUAUGGCUACAUUUGUUUCACUGACAAUAUAGAAAAGACAUGUGGCAAAGUUCAUUUACUUUGCUGCUGAAUUUUCAUUGUAGACAACAAGUUAACUUGUAUAUUAAAAUACAUGCUUCAUAUAACACAUCUGUCAAUUCAGAUUUAUCUUUUAUCUUCCAGAAUCUACAUUUGUUAUUACUUUCCUGGUAUGAAUAAUUGUGAGAGAUAUUGUCAGUUUGUUACACAGUUCCUUGUCUUCAUUUCCUUUU